AUGACCAUGCAGAUCUCGCAGCUAUUCCCCACGGCUUUGCUAGGCCUCGCAUCACAAAGUCCAUUGACGUUCGCCUCUGAAGCUACCAAGUCAGAAGUCACCUCCUUCAAGCAGACCGGCUUGCGACAUUCGUAUGGCGGCAAUGCCAUCUGCACGACUGGCGAUGCCACUGUCACCGUCAACGCCACCGAUCUGGUCUUCUCAGGCUCGACAACAGCCUCCCAAUACGAAAUCUCGGGCAUCUUGCGAGAAGCACUACAGAUCAACUCUACGUGGACUGCGGAUCACACCAACGGCACCGCCGCAGUGACAGGUCCGUUCAAGAUAGCUGUCCAGCUCUGCCUGCCUACCAAGAGCACCUCUGAGAACUACAGCUAUGUGAAUGCUGCUGCCGAAGCCUGCCAUGCCACUCUCAUGUAUGAUAGACUCGGUCUCGGCGGAUCGGACCUUCCUGAUCCGAGUAUCGUACAAUCGUUUGUGCAUGUUGAGGUUCUUGCUGCGCUAGUUGGUGCAUUGAAGACGGACAUGUACGGAUCGCACCACUUUAGCAAGGUUGCUUGCGUUGGACACUCCCACGGCUCCUUCAUACAGAUCGGUCACGACGUAAAGUACCCUAACGUCGGCGACGCUGCGAUCCUCACAGGAUUCGGCUCAGACCUCACACAUGUGGCUCAGAGCGUAUUGGCCGGCGACGCCACAGUAGCAAGAGAUGUGGAUCCUGCAAGGUUCGGCGAUCUUCCCGAUGGCUAUUUGACGAACCCCAAUGCAGCGUCGCUGAUGGUACAUUACCGCUAUCCAUACUACGACACCAGAUUAUUCGAGCAGCAACUUCCCAUAGCAGGUUCCACCUUCUCACUCGCCGACGUAAUCACUUCAGGCCUUGUCCUUGCGUCUGCCAAGGGCCACACGAAACCCGUGCAAGUCGUGCUCGGACAGUAUGACUUUACUUUCUGCUCGGGAGACUGCUCGAGGACUGCAGAUCCUACGAUAGGUGCCGUAAAGACAUUUUAUCCUGACGCUGAAGUUGGAGAGGGUUAUAUCGUCCCGACCAGCGGGCAUUGUAUCAAUAACCAUUAUGCUUCUGGAGAGGCUUUCGCGCACAUGCUUGGGCUCUUGAAGGAGCAGGGGUUGUGA